AUGCUGGACGUAUCAAUAUUAAUAAAAGAUAAUGAACCACUCCCACCAACUAUAUUCUCAUUAACAAAGAAACCAAUGUCACCAAUGUCAACAACAGAGUACAAUUGCCUCGUUGGGUACUACCAGGUUGCAUACAAUGACAAGAGGAUCUCUAGUUGCAAGAAUGGCAUGACGAGUUCACCAUUUAUUCAAUACAUCUUCAUUCAUUCAUUCACACCCACAAACUCUCCCACAACACUCUACAACCACAAUUAUCAGCUUAAUUUUGCUUUUGUCAAAUGA